AUCGGAACUACUCCGCUCGCCGGAGAGAGAGCGCUGCGGCGGUAGUUCCUCCGCCAACGACACACAUGUAGCGUCGCUUCGGUCACCAUAAACAAAAAAUCGAUAAACAUGGUGGUUAAAUGUGUUCGUGUGUGAUAGGUUGUCAAUUGUUAUUUUUUAAAAUACGGUAACGAGGUAAAAUCAAAACAAGCGAAAAAUCAACCCCUAUGGUGAAAGUAAAAGACGAGCCUCCAAUGGCGGAAUCCAAUUCUGCCCCUAGUCCUCAUGCAUCGUCAGCGACAUCGAACAAUCAGGCGCCGCCGGCGAAUUUUUACCCCCGCAAGCCUCGCCCGCAUCCUCACCACCAUCACCAUCCGCCGUUCCAGCACUAUCCGCCCUGCUCGUACAGCUCCGAGAGCGCCGAGGGCGGCGCGAACGGGGCCGCGUCGCCGGCCAAGUUCUACUUCGGGCCGGGGUUCGAACCCCAGCAGCAGUUUCCGGGGCCCAGCCAGGGCCAGGGGAGCGAGUACGUUGUGUUCUUCCACGUGAAUCCCGGCGUGACGAUCAGCUUCCAGAUGGGGGAGAGCCUGGAAAUAUUGAGAGGUCCGGUGACAGUGCCUAUGGUAUCAACGAAUUCCUCGCCGCCCAUAGCGAUGCCCGUUCAAGUUCCUCCCGGUCACAUGGUUCAACAAAUUGUAGACGAAAGCGGCACCUUAAGGCACGUUAUAUUGUCACCACAACACCCGAAUCUCGUUCCUAUGCCGUCACAUAAUCCUCAACAUUACGGAGGCGGUCCGGGCAACAACAAUCCGCCGUCCCAGCAGUACUACCCCGGCCUUCCGACCGGCUAUCCGCCGCAACAGUUCCAUUCCAACUUGCAAACGGGCCACCCGGUGCCGGCGCACCUCGGCCACUCGCCGCCCCCGAAUCCCACCUACUACAAGGACGAGCGGACGCAGCGGCAGCACAUCAAACUUAAAAAAAAGCUGCACGACAAGCAGCAGAAGAACGACAGUCUGUUGCCCAGGAAGGAGUUGGUGAACGGUCUGAAGAGAUCGGGCGCGGGCAAGGAGAAGGGCAUGAACAGCGUGGGCACCAGCGAGGACGGCGAGGAGAGCAGCGUGCCCGACGAAGAGGAUUCCAUACAAAUAGCUACUGAUAUUUUGUCGUCCGUCCAGGCGCCUAAGGUGUCUGAACUCAGUUCCCGUAGUGCCUUAUUGCAAUGGGCGCCGCCCGUUCGUCUCUCUGAAUCGGCGAGCAACGACAGCCAUGACAUUGAUAUUUCCGAGUCUGAUCUUAGGUACGAGGUGCUACUCAGUGAUAAAAGCAAAGAGAUGAAGUUCAAGUGCAUCUACAGCGGCGCGUCUCUCUCCUGCAGGAUACAAGACUUAAAACCCGGCCAGGAAUAUUCCGUGUGUUUACAGGUGUACCUCGACGAAAUCCAAGGCUCCGCCACCGAUCCCGUGAAAUUCGUGACGCCAGCGUGCGAGCCCGACCAGCCCCAACCGCCGAAGCUGCUCAGCCGCACCAAGAACUCGCUCCAGCUGCGCUGGAACGCCGUCAACGACAACGGCUCCCACAUCAACAGCUACGUGCUCGAGUACGACGAGGGCAAGGGCGGCGACUUCGUCGAGUUCUACAGGGGCCGCAGCAAAACGCACUCGCUGCAGAAGCUCCUGCCCGCCACCGCUUACACCUUCAGGCUCGCGGCUGUGAACGAGGUGGGUAAGAGCUCGUACUCGGACAGCAUCGCCUACAGCACGUUCGACAAUCCGCCGGCGCAGCCGGGCCCGCCGGCGCUGCAGGAGGCGCACGUCCACUCGCUGCAGCUGCUGUGGCCGAAGCGGCCCAAGGACGACGAGUUCGUGCUGCAGAUGAACGACACCGAGAACAAGUACGGCUUCCUGAACGUGUACCUCGGCGGCGAGAACCGGCACGUGUGCAGGGGGCUGCGCGAGUGCGGCAGCUACGCGUUCCGGUUAAGGGCGAAGAACGAGAACGGCACGUCCCCUUGGUCCGACGAGGUCACCUACAGCACGUUGCCCGACAAGCCUUCGAGACCGUCGAAGCCUUUGGUCAAAGGCAGGAUACACGCCCAUUCGUUCAAGCUGAAAUGGGAACCGCCCAAUUACACCGGCGGAUCCGACAUAACCAUGUACAUUUUAGAAGUAAAUUCGGGUAGCGGCUACGAACCGGUCUACCAGGGCCUCGAAACGGAAGCAGUCUGUGAUAAACUGACGCCCGGCACGACUUAUCAACUCCGUGUGAGUUGCAUCAGCGGCGGCGGCGUCAGCAACUUUUCCGAUCCCUGUACAGUGACGACGGACGCCGUCAGUCCGGGACAAUGUUCGCAGCCCAGGCUAGUCGGAAAACCCACGGCCAAUCAAAUCACCAUCCGAUGGACGGAGCCGGAUUACAACGGCGGCGCGCCCAUCUUGGACUACGAGGUGGAGAUGACGUCGCCGGAGGGGGGCCGAAGCCUGGUGCACAAGAGCAAAGAGCCGGAAUGCGCGGCGACGGCGCUGCGGCCGGGCGGCGAGUACGCCUUCCAGGUGCGCGCCGUGAACCGGAUCGGGCCGGGCGCGUGGUCGGAGCCGUUGCGGGCGGCGAGCGGCGCGGCGCCGCCUCGGGCGCCGGACGCGCCCAGCGUGGCGUGCAAGGGGCCGCACCAGGCGUACGUCGAAUGGUCGGAGCCCGAGUGCAACGGCGCCCCCGUCGGCGAGUACCGGCUCGAGAUGAGCGCCGAUCUGGGCGAGGAGAACUUCUCGAGCGUGUACCAGGGACCGCAGACGAAUUAUGAAGUCAAAGGGCUGGCGCCGUUCCGGUCGUACUGUUUCAGAGUGCAGGCCGGCAACAGCGCCGGUUUCAGCGCGUACUCGCCCGUCGCGACGACGCUGACGCCGCCGGCGCCUCCGUCGGCCGUUGCUGUAUUGAAAUCCGAGUCGACGCCGACGUCGAUCGCUUUGUAUUGGAACGCGCCUAGCGAGAACGGUAGCCCGAUUAUAAAUUACAACAUAGAAAUCGGCGAUAGGACGAUAACAACGCAAGGACCCGUUAACGAAUAUCUAAUCGAAGGUUUGCAGCCCGAGACGAGCUACAAAAUCAAAAUUCAAGCUGUAAACGAAGUGGCUGCAGGGCCGUAUUCGACCUCUUUGCGAACGGCCACCUUGAGGCUGCCGCCUACCGCUCCUAGGUUGGAAUGCUUGGGAGUUGCGCAUAAUUACGUGAAACUGAAAUGGGGCGAAGGCAAGAACACCGAGUACACCCAAUAUUGCGUGGAAAUGGAGAAUCCCCGGUCCAGGGAGUACCAAUGCGUGUACAAAGGUACCGCUCUCACGUGCAAAGUCAACAAACUGCACGAAUCCACCACGUACAGGUUCAGAGUGAACGCAGCCAACGACGCGGGCGUCGGCGAGUUCUCGGACGACUACGAAUUCACCACGACGGUGGCGCCGCCAGCCGCCCUGAAGGCGCCCAAAGUCACGGAAGUCGAUCAGAGAAGCUGCUCGUUGGAAUGGCUUCCAUCUAGAAACAGCUUCGCGGAUUCGGUGGUGUAUCGCGUGCAAUUAGCGCGGAAAGAACAACCCUUCAAACAGGUCUGCAAGUCUUCCGAAUGCAAAUCGACGCUCGAAGACCUGGAGCCGGGCACCGAGUACUCCGCCCGCGUGUGCCCCGUCCGCCUGACCGCCUCCGGCGAGCUGCAGGGCCCGCCGUCGCCGACCGUCUCGUUCGCGACGGCCGCCGCCGAGCCGGCGAGCGCCGGCUGCAAGGCGGGCGCGUCGAGCGCGCCGGCGCACCAGCCGCACAAGCACCGCUCCUUCUAUCAUUCCAUCUCGCAGAUGCUGAGCGUCUCCGAGAAGUACUGCACGUACGUGUACGUGAUGCUCGUGCUCGUCGUCGGGAUCGUCAUGUCCUUGCUGAUCAUCUGGUUCAUGUAGAU